AUUUCGCCAUGAUCAAACAUCAGAUGGUCGUCUGAACGAGAGAUCCUCGCGCGUUCCUGAGCUUCCCCAACAUCUCCCGCCAGUUUGCAGUGUUUGCAGCGGAGCUUUCAACGCCUCCCGCGAUGUUGGGAUGCCUUCAACACUUUUUUUUGUUCCAUGUAUAGAUAUGUUUUAGACUUCUUUUUUUUUUCUUCUUGUUCUUCUUAUUCCGCUGUUUGCCGUCGAUAUGUCUACCCGUCAACGCCGGCCUGCUGACUCCCAGCCAGAGCAGGGUAAUGGCAAACCCGUCGACCUGCUCUCGACCGCUUCAGCCGUCGCAGAGAAACCGCCCAAGGUGAUCCGGAAGCUCCUCCACUGGGACGACCUGGCGCCCUGGCAGCGCGACAACCAUCAUAUCCAUACAGGCUAUCGACCGGCGUCGUUCUCUUUUCUGGUGUCUUUCCAAUCGCUGGCCUAUCUCCACAAUGAGACUGUCAAUAUCUACAGCCAUCUGCUGCCGUCACUGCUCGCGAUUCCCUCGGCCUUCUGGCUUUACCGUACUCUCACUCCACGCUACGAGACUGCCACGCAAGCUGAUAUAAUCGCGUUUUCAUGCUUCUUCGCUGGAGCUGCCUUCUGUCUCGGGAUGUCAGCAACCUACCAUACCAUCUCUAACCAUUCUCCGUUCGUUGCGCGCGUGGGAAACGCCUUUGACUAUGUCGGGAUCGUCGGGCUUAUCGUGGGCAGCUUCAUUCCCAGUGUCUACUACGGCUUCUACUGCCACCCAAAACUGCAGGACCUGUACUGGAGCAUGAUCAUCUUGAUUGGAUUAGGCUGCGCCUGCGUAUCCGUCAUGCCCCGGUUCCGCACACCAGAACUGCGACCCUUCCGAGCAGCCAUGUUCGUCGGGAUGGGGCUGUCGGCCAUCUUCCCGGUGAUGCACGGAUUGAAGAUAUUCGGUCCAGAACAGAUGGCUCGGCAGAUGGGGCUCUUCUGGAUGCUGCUCCAGGGAUUCCUGUAUAUCUUGGGAGCAGCAAUCUACGCCGCGCGAAUUCCGGAACGUCUAAAACCGGGCCGGUUCGAUCUUCUGGGAAGCUCGCACCAGAUCUUCCAUGUGCUCGUUGUCCUGGCUGCAGUGUCACAUCUGACGGGACUCUUAAAGGCUUUUGAUUAUCGACACAGCGGGUUGGCAGAGAGUUGCUCGUAGACCGAUAAACAGCAUCCGCGGUAACUACCGUAGUAUGUCGAAUUUAGGACUUGGAAGUCAUGUAAAUAACGAGAUCGUUGCUGUACCAUAAUAGAAUCUUUGCACGUAUGUCAUGAACUGCAAAAGCUACGGCUUCAACGCGGCAUCUCACGUUGGAUAUCAUGGCUGAUACAACAAUAAUGAAUCCAUCUGGAAAUGCCCCCAUUCGGCAUCCUGAUUGGUCAUACAAUUGAGCCUCGGCAAAUUCGCAAUCCGGGGUACUCAAUUUCGAUAACCAAAACUGAUAGUUAAG